AUGUGGAAUAGGCUUUUUAAUAAUAAAAAAAUUAAAUUUGACCAACAAGAACUCCCCAACUCAUACUUAUUAAAAGACGACGAUAGAGAUAGCGAUAUCGAAUCAAUUGAAGAAAAUUUCAAAGAUUAUCAUCACCAACAACAUCAAAAUCAACAACAACAACAACAAGUAGAAGAGGAAGAAGAAGAAGAAGAGGAAGAAGAGGAUCAAUUAUUUCAAGAUAUUAAUAAUAUUAAUAUAGAUUUAAAUAAUAUUUGUAAUAUUAAAAAAAGAAAAAAAUCAAUUUCUUCAAGAAAUAAUCAUCACCAACAACAACAAAAAUAUAAUAAAAUGAAAAUGGGUUAUUUUACAGCCGAAGAAACACAAGAAAUGAUUGGUAAUAGUAAUAAUAAUAAUAGUAGUAACAAUAAUAACAAUAACAAUAAUUUAACAUCAUCCUCAAAUGAUGGUGAUUCAACAUUAGAUAAAACACUUGAUUAUAAAACUGCAACAGAAAAUUUAAUAGAUGCAAUGCAGUUAUCAAAUUUAACAUCUGGAGCAUCAUCAUCAGCAUCAUCUCAUAAUUCACCUGGUUGUAGUGGUAUUAGCACCUCUUGUGGUAGCAAUAGCACCGGGGGUAGUUCAUUACAACUUAUAAAUAACUCCAAUGGUUUAUCGGACGAGCAUUGGAUUUUAAUAUUUCAUUUCCUAGAUUUUAAAACAUUAGUAUCACUAUCCGAAACAUGCCACCUUUUCUACAGACUUUCAAAUGAUAGAUUCUUAUGGGAGUCGUUACUAAAGAGUGACAGAAAGAAGGUUAUUAUUUUACCACCUGGAACCGAUUUAAAUCAACCUGUAGCCAUUUAUAAGCAUCGUAAAGACUUUGAUACAAUUUCAGAGGCUCUUUCACAUUUAACUGAAAACAAAAGAGAAAUUAUGUUAUUGGCUCAAGGUGUUUAUCAAGAAAAUAUAUCAAUCGAUAAACCAGUAGAUAUUAUGGGAGAGGGAGAAUUGGGUUCUGUUGUAAUUGAAUCAUCAACAGGCAAUACUGUUUCAAUUUCUGCACCUUAUGGUUCUAUCACCAAUGUAGCUAUGCGUCAACACGGUCACUGGUUUUGUAUUGAUAUUGAAAAGGGUAGCUUUAGUAUAAGCAAAUGCGACAUUACAAAUUCAACAUUAUCAGCCGUUAAAAUUGGUAGAAGUGCAUCACCCUGGAUCGCAAAUAAUUUUAUUCACGAUUGUAAAGAAGCUGGUAUUGCAAUUUUUGGUGGUGAAGGUACAAUCAUUGGUAAUCAUUUUACUCGUAAUCGUUAUGGCUCCAUUGAAGUAGUAUAUUCAACAUCAAAACCUACAAUUAAACUCAAUAGAAUCUUUAAGAACAAAGGAUACGGUAUCCAUGUUCAUACUAAUGCAACUGCAAUCAUCUCAGAAAAUAUAAUCGAAGAAAAUGAAAGUGAUGGUAUAAGUUGUUGGGGCGGCGCUUCACCAGUGGUCUCUAAUAAUAAAAUCUAUGGUAAAGGUAUUUAUGAAUAUAACCAAAUCUUUGGCCAAAAGCUCGAUGGUAUUAGAAUUUCAAAAUCAAACCCUCAAAUUUCACAUAAUACAAUUCACCACAAUCAAGGCGAUGGUGUCCGUUUAGUUAUUCGUGCAAACCCAAUUAUAACUGAAAAUCAUAUUUGUGAAAAUAAAAGAGUUGGUAUUCAUAUUUAUAGAGAAGGUAUGGGUAUAGUUUCAAAUAAUUAUAUUUAUGGUAAUAAAAAUGCUGGUAUGCAGGUUUAUUCAAGAGCAAAUGCUACAAUUUGUAAUAAUAAAAUUGUUCAAAAUAGAUGCUCAGGUAUUUAUGUUUCAGAUUACGCAAUUGUUAAUAUUAAGGGUAAUGAAAUUACAAAUAAUGGUGAAGUUGGUGUUGAAAUUGUUUCAGGUGCAAAAGCUUUAUGUUUUGAAGGAAAUAAUAUAAAUAAAAACUAUGAAGGUGGUUUAGCAUACUAUAUGGAUUCAAAACCAAUUGGUUACGAAUUAACAAAUACCUUCCAUAGUAAUGGAUCUGCUGGUAAUCAACAAUAUAUAAUGAGACAAGGUAGAGAAAUUAUGAUGUAUAAUACAAAGAAAUCAAAUAAAGAUUUAGAACCAAUCUCCUUUUUGGUCGAAAAUGCAUUACAAGAGGGAAUGUGUACUUUAUCUUUUACACGUGAAUAUUAUCACGCACAAUACUGGUACGAGUGUAGAACAUGUUCAGAGAAAAAGUAUAAUAGAAGUGAUAUUGCUGUUUGUGAAGAAUGUGCUAAAAAAUGCCAUGCCGGUCAUGAUAUUGGUGUAAGAAAAUACGGUCAUUUCUAUUGCGAUUGCGGUCAACAAUUAUCAUCACCAUGUCAAUGCAUGAAACCAAACCAAAAUUCAACCUCAUCAAAUUUACCAAAACCAUUUGUUCAUCCAACCCACACAACUCAUCAAAAUAUAAAUCAACAACAUAUUUCAAUACUAUCAUAAAUUAUUACAAUAAAUAAAAAAGAAAAAAAAAAAUUAAAAUAUAUAGAUAUAUAUUAAUUUAAAUU